CCAACAGAAAUACUAGGCUUUUCACCUGAUCCCACUGGAACGAAUUGCCGGCCAGGGACAAAAGCUGGUGAUGGGUUUGGAUUUUUCAGUACCAUACUUGAGCUGGUUGCAUCUGUCCUUUUGCCGACGUUGAGUUCAUGGAUAUUCAUUCUCAAAGCAAAGAAAUUCUUUCCAACUCUUCAAGCUAUCACUUGGUCUG